AAUUACAAAACUUUAAUCGCACUGAUUAUCCGGGUGACCGCUCAUUCUAAUGAACCGGUCAACCGAAAUUCUGACCUUCUUUCCCGUUUUUCUUUGUCAUCUCAACCACCCCAUCACCAAAAUCAUGCAGAAAAAACUCUACCAAGAGCAGCGGCCCCUCUCCUCCCUAUUCCCCACUUCACCAUGGCCGCUGCUCUUCUUUUUCGGCAGAAAAACGGCAUUUUCCGACAUAUUUCCAGCUUAUUUUUCCUCUCCCUACUGUUUUCCGGUGCUCUUUCAUUGUCGGAAGCCGAAGCUCUCCUCAAAUUUAAAAAGUCUAUCGAGGAUCCUCUUGGGGCCUUGAGCUCUUGGGCCCCGAAUAGCAGCGAUCCUUGCUCUCGAAACGGUACAUGGGUUGGGGUUGUCUGCUACAGUGGGAUCGUCAGUGGCAUUCGCCUCGGUAACCUUAGCCUUGCUGGGGAAAUUGAUGUUUCUGCCCUUGCCGGUCUCCAUGGCCUUCGAAGUGUGAGUUUGGUGAGGAACCUGCUCUCGGGGCCUAUGCCGGCCUUUGACAAGCUGGGGGCCUUGAAAUCCCUCUACUUGUCGAGGAAUCAGUUCACAGGAGAAAUUCGUACGGCUUUCUUCUCCAAUAUGAAUUCCCUGAAGAAGGUAUGGCUCGACGGGAACGAGUUCUCUGGCGAGAUCCCGACAUCUCUUGGAUCUCUAAACCACUUGCUCGAGCUCCACCUUGAAGGCAAUCAGUUUUCCGGUACGAUUCCGACGAUGAACCAGACGGGCCUCAAGUCCUUCAACGUCUCGGAGAACCUCCUCCAGGGGCAAGUACCUGCCAAUCUAGCCAAAUUUGGGAUGGGAGCCUUUGCCGGAAAUGUAAAGUUGUGCGGUGGCCCUCUCGAUGAAGUCUGUGCAGAGAUGGAGUCGGAGGCAGCAGAAUCGAGUGAUUUAGGUCACCAGCGCACGAUGAUGGUAGUCGUAGGAUUGGCAUUGCUGAUAGUGAUGGUGGGGGUGAUAGCUCUUCGAAGGGUGUCUAAAGGACAGCCAGGACAUAUACCCAGAGGAAUGGAGUCAUUGGGUGGAAAGGAGAGGAAGGCGGAGCCGAGGGCUGCCGCGCCACCAGGAGGGGGAGCGUCUCUCGUGUUUGUCAACGGAGAGAAGGAGGCAUUCAGGAUGACAGAUUUGAUGAAGGCGGCGGCCGAAAUCCUAGGAACUGGGAGUUUCGGAUCGUCGUACAAGGCCGUGAUGGGAACAGGGAAAGUGGUGGUGGUGAAGAGGCUGAGGGAGAUGGAGGGAGCAGGGCAGGAUGGGUUUGAGGCAGAGAUGCGGCGGCUCGGCCGGCUGCGCCACCGGAAUAUCAUGGCGCCCCUGGCGUAUCACUACAGGAUGGAGGAGAAGCUCUUGGUGUACGACUAUGUGGGCAACGGGAGCUUGCUAUACAUUCUCCACGGAGAUCGAGGGCCCGGCAAGGCUUCGUUGGAUUGGCCGACACGCCUGAAAAUCAUCCGAGGGAUCGCUCGAGGAAUGUCUUACCUCCACAGAGAGCUCAUUUCCUCUGAUGUCCCCCAUGGCCACCUCAAGUCCUCCAACAUCCUCAUCGACUCAGAGGCUGAGCCACUCCUCACGGACUUUGGGUUUGCACCGCUCGCGGACCCUAAUCUCGCAGUUCAGGCCCUUGCCGCAUACAGGUCCCCAGAAUUCAUCGAACUCCGGCAAGUAUCACCCAAAUCAGACAUCUGGGCCUUUGGCAUCGUGAUUCUGGAGGUCCUAACGGGGAAGUUCCCCUCGCAGUAUUUGAAUUCUGGGAAGGGGGGAACCGACCUCCCCUGGUGGGUGAGCUCCGCUGUGUCUGAGAACAAGGCUAUGGAGGUCAUUGAUCCUGAUAUCCUCAGUAGUAGUUCGAGGGGGUCAUCGAGAGAGAUGGUGAGGGUCUUACACAUUGGUUUGGCAUGCACAGAGCCCAACCCGGAGGAUAGGCCGGACAUGUGGGAGGUGGAGCGGAGGAUAGAGGAGAUAAGGGAGGAUGGUGAGUCUAGUGGCAGUGGCCACUCGCGCCGCCAGAUCUCUGCGCGCCGCAACCAUAACGAGUGGCGCCAACAAGAAAAUGCUGGCUUUGGCAUCUCCUAAAUUUCACGAUUCUUUCUUUCCAUUCAUUCAUUCUUUCUUUCUUUGAUGAAGUUCGUGGUGGAUGGCAAAUUUUCCUUCCUUGCAAGCUCAUGUGAGUGAGUUAGGGGGCGUAUGCAACCGUGUACACAGACAGGAAGGGCCACGAGACAUUGUAACAUAGCAGGCUUGUCACCUGCCACACUCAGGAACACCCAAGCAUUCAUUCAUCUUACAUACUUAGGAUCUCUCUCGUGGUAAAUUCAUCGUCCGAUUGUUUAUUGUCA